CACAUUAACCUACUUGAUAGAUGGGUUGGCAUAUUUAACAGUGUAUGAUAUUCGCCAGGUGAUGCAGUAGUAUUUCACAUAGAGGAGGACAACUUCACUAUGCCUGAUUCCGGUCAAAGGUUAAACUUUCAGCGAUGGGUUUUCUUUCUAGCCGAGUCACCUCAAAAUACACUGAAGAUGAAGGACUUCAGCCAACUGAACAGUCAGUUUAACUGGACGGUCACCUAUCGACUGGACUCCGACAUCGUCUUCCGAUACGGCACCAUCGAACGCAUACCAGUCUCCCAGCAACACGUCGCGACGUCAUGGCACACGCCACCGUCGGCAACAGACGGACGCAAUCGCAAUAGGAAGCGGCUCGUGGCGUGGUUCGUAUCAAACUGCCACACGGCGAGUAGAAGAGAGGAGUACGUCAGAGAGAUGCGCAAGUACGUCCCCGUCGAUGUCUACGGCAAGUGCGGCGACCUGUCAUGCCCGCGCGCGAGCAAUAUCUGCGACCGACUCCUCGACAACAGCUACAUGUUCACGCUAGCAUUCGAGAACAGCCUGUGUCGCGACUAUGUCACCGAGAAGCUGUUCCUCAGUCUGAAGCGCAACUCCGUUCUCGUUGUCAUGGGCAACGCUAACUACUCGUGCAUCGCCCCGCCCAAUUCCUACAUCGACGUCGCAGACUUUGCCUCGCCCAAAGACCUCGCCGACUACUUGGUGUAUCUAAGGUAGAACGCUACUGCUUAUGGC